AUGAAGCUGUCGAUACUACUCACGGUUCUGCCAAUAUUGGCGGUAUCUUCAGCCGCACCAGCUCAGGAAUCCAGUAAAUCAAUAUCUUCCUCCAAGAUACAGAACGGUUCAUCCACCUCUUCCUCAAGAAUCUCAACCAGUACUGUUAUUACUUCCUCAAGGGUCUCUUCGAUCACUUCAGCCAAGUCAAGCGCACUCAGCAACGGUAGUAGUAAGGUGAUCUCGACCAGUAAAGCCCCGUCAAGCUCCUCGAGUAGUAAAUCAUCUUCCGCCUCGACCUUCAAAUCUUCCUCAUCCACAUCGACUAUUAAAGCUUCCACUUCAACAGCCAAAACUUCAAAUUCUUCAUCCAGUAUCAAACCCGCUUCCUCCUCCAUUUCAUCGUCCAAACUGGCCUCAGUCUCUACAUCAUCCACCAAACCUACCUCCUCAUCUGUCGGUAAUACCCUCAAGUCCACUGCCACUUCCACUUCCACCUCUUCAGCUGCCCAGACUACUUCAUCAUCCUCAUCAGCAGUAGGCCUAGGUCUAUCCUCAGCAAGUUAUUCCAAGCUCAUGACAACCAAGGGAUUAGGAUGGUACUACAAUUGGUCUCCUAGUGGUUUCAGCGGUAUGUCAAGCGAGUUCGUACCGAUGAUAUGGGGUGAGGGAUCGAUCGAUCCUUGGGAUGGAACCGUACCCAGUGGAUCAUCCCAUAUUCUAGGAUUCAAUGAACCCGAUCAAAGUUGGCAAGUUGGUGGAUCAGAUAUGAAUGUUACAUACGCUGCUACACUUCAUCAAAAAUGGACUAACAAACUUAAAGAUAAGACUGUUAAGAUCGGUAGUCCGGCAGUUGCAAGAGGUGGUGAAUGGUGGUUUAAUGGAUGGAUCACAGCUUGUAACGGUCAAUGUAAAUUCGAUUUCGUACCUAUACAUUUCUACGGUACCAAUGCCAACGACCUAAUAACCUAUAUCAAGGUGAUCCUUCCCUCUCAAUCCAAACCCAUCUGGCUAACCGAAGUAGCCUGUCUAGAUUUCUUAUCUGGACAAAUCUGCACCCUCGACCAAAAUAAACAAUUCAUGCAAACCGCAAUAACAUGGUUCAGGUCUACCGAAGGUCAGAAAUACAUUCAGAGAUGGAGUUGGUUCGGUGCCUUCCCUGAUCAGUAUGAUAAACCUUAUGGGUUGGAGAAUCAGGAUUCGACGUUGAACGAUUUAGGAAAGUAUUAUUUGAGUAUAUAA